CUUGUGACAGGCGAGUAAAUACCAAAGCAUAUUGCUGUACCCUUAGAAGGUCAAAUGACAAAACAAAUUGAAGCUCGUGAAAUAUAAGCACGGGGAAACGGACAAACAAAUGCGUGUUUGCAGGAAGUUGGCGAAGCCUCGGUUUCGACAUUAUCGUUUAGCUUUUAGCAUCGCCAUUGGAUGUGAACGGUCCUUUCAAACUGUCAUUGCUGCAGGGAUUUCUUCAUCCCCGGGAAUCAGACGGCUCCUGGAAAGGUGUCAGCAGCCAUCACCUGCGCGUCCGUCUUCUACUGAGUCGGGGGGUGAAGGCCGGACGGCUGUCAGCGGCUCUUCAGAACCCGCUUUCAGUGUCAGGCCAGCUCUUGGAAGGCUUUAAGCGCUUCACAAUCAUCCCUCUCAGCGAUAAAUGGAUAAACGUUUCCGACUGUUUGCUCGCAGCUUAAAUCAUCCUUCUGCAUUUCCGUCCAUAAAAUGGUUGAACUUCUUCAAUGCAUUUUCAGGGAAUGGCCAAUAAAUCUGUCACGUGAUUAAACAAGCUAAAAGCAUAUUCGGGCCACUGGCAAGAGACACCUGACUUAAUGUGACAUUGAAACUGCAAAUCGAUCGUGUGCUUUCUCUUCAGACGUUGAAUUAGCAAGCUCACAUCGGGACCAGGCGGAUUCUUCCUUGGAAAAUGCAGGGUCGGAAGUUUUUGAUAUGUCUUUACUUUGGGAUGUAUUUAUGGACAUCGUUCCUCUUCAAAGGGUCACUGCAGGGUGAGUACCAGAGGAAGCUGUAUAAGGAGCUAAUGGCCAACUACAACCGCCUGGAGAGGCCUGUCUCCAAUGACUCCGCCCCCAUCUUGGUGGAGCUGGGCAUGGCACUGCUGCAGAUCAUUGAUGUGGAUGAGAAGAACCAGGUCCUGAUAUCAAAUGUUUGGCUACAAUUGUACUGGACAGAUGUAUACCUCAGCUGGAAUCCUGACAAUUAUCCAGGAGUACAGACCCUACGCUUUCCUUCCAAUCAGGUGUGGGUGCCAGAUAUACUCCUGUACAACAGUGCAGAUGAAAGGUUUGACGCCACAUUUCACACCAAUGUUCUGGUCAACGCAUCAGGGUAUUGCCAGUACAUUCCCCCAGGGAUCCUGAAGAGCACCUGCUACAUCGACGUGCGCUGGUUCCCCUUCGACGUUCAGAAGUGCAACCUGAAAUUCGGCUCCUGGACUUACAACGGCUGGCUGCUGGACCUGCAGAUGCUGUCGGUGGACAUCUCCACCUACAUCCCAAAUGGGGAGUGGGACCUCGUGGGAGUCCCGUCGAAGAGGAACGAGCUGUAUUACGAGUGCUGCAAGGAGCCGUACCCGGACGUGACCUUCACGGUGACCAUGCGCAGGCGCACGCUCUACUACGGCCUCAACCUGCUCAUCCCCUGCGUGCUCAUCUCCGGCCUUGCCCUGCUGGUCUUCCUGCUGCCCGCGGACUCCGGGGAGAAGAUCUCUCUGGGAAUCACUGUCCUGCUGUCCCUGACUGUUUUCAUGCUGCUCGUAGCCGAGAUCAUGCCAGCCACCUCGGACUCCGUCCCUCUCAUUGCUCAGUACUUUGCCAGUACCAUGAUGAUCGUGGGACUGUCUGUGGUGGUCACCGUUCUUGUCCUCCAGUUCCACCAUCACGACCCUCACGGUGGCAAGAUGCCCAAGUGGGUGCGAGUGGUCCUGCUGAACUGGUGCGCCUGGUUCCUGCGCAUGAAGCAGCCGGGGGAGAACCGCAAGCUGAUAGGCUACAAGUACAGCCACGCCCACUCCAGCGGCGGCGGCGGCAGUGGCAGCGGCAGCAUGGAGAUGAGCGCGGCCGGGGCGGGCCAGCCGGCGGCCAGCGCCAACGGCAACAUGAACAUGUACUUCAGCUACCACAGCAUGGAGAACCCGUGCUGCACCCUGAGCCCCGAAUCGGGCGUGGCUUGCGGGCGCUCCGCCGGGUCCCUCUCCCCGGCCGAGGACCGGGAGCGGCGCCGCGUCCUGGGCGAGGCCGCCCCGGAGAUCGGGCUCAUCCUGGAGGAGGUGCAGUACAUCGCCCAGCGCUUCCGGGACCAGGACCACGGCGAGGCCGUCUGCGGCGAGUGGAAGUUCGCGGCGGCCGUGGUGGACCGCCUCUGCCUGGUGGCCUUCUCGCUCUUCUCCAUCAUCUGCACCUUCACCAUCCUCAUGUCGGCGCCCAACUUCAUCGAGGCCGUCUCCAAGGACUUCACCUAAGCCGCCGUGUCGAAGAGAGCUUUGGACUGAAGUGCACAGGAACGUGAGAAACGCUGGUUUUGUUUUAUUGUCUUUCGAGGGGAUGAAUAUACCUGUGUAUAUAAUCUUAUACAACAGAUCAAAUUAUACAAGCAAAACAUCAAAUUGUAAAUAUACUGCACCAUCUGUGACAGGCUUCCUCUUUUUUGUGUUUUGGCAAUGUUGUUUAUACUAUACCAUCUCACAAAGCUAGUUUUUUUUUUCUUAUAACCUGGGGCCUGGCUGUUCAGCCUGAUUAUUAUUUGGAAAUUUUAUUAUUAUUAUUAUUAUUAUUAUUAUUAUUAUGAUUAUGAUUAUUAUGAUUAUGAUUAUGAUUAUUAUUAUUAUUAUCAUUAUUAUUAUGAUGUUAGGAGAUUUUUCACUGUGAACCCGAAAUUCUGUUUUAGAGAAAGCUUUGAAUAUAAUGACUAUUUACUGUUGAAACCUACUGUAGCAGUCUUAUUAAAUCUAAUGUGAAUUAAACGAGCUUUUUCAUGGAUCUUCUCAUUAGACUUCUCUUAUUUGUGUAAUUUAUGUGCAAAUAUGUACUCCCACUCUGUAAAUAUGGAGCUUUAUAGCAAAACCAGUCAUCAGCCCAAACUGCUUGCCUGAUUCAGUUGGCAAACACACAUUAUCAGGCUACCCCAUUUUCCAACCUACGAUGGUGGCAGUCAUGUGCCAGUGGCCUCCUGAUAGGCUGUUGCUGGAUCAACCUAAUUUGGCUCACACAGUUUCUCUGUUAUAAAGAAGGACAAGGACGAGGGACACCACAAAAAAUCUACACGGGGACAUCGGAUAGAUUUGCAAAUGUGUAUUCUAUUUCCAGGCUGAGGUGUCAAGUGGGGGGAAAGAAUUCUUCAGUUACGUGCUAUGACUUCAGACAGAUGCUGUGCUGCAACAAUAGAGAAAGACGGUGUCACUGGAGCGAUUCGACAUUGGGGUGUUAGCAAAGCCAGACCGCAUUAGCUAGACAAUCAGACGGGAGGCUUUUGAGGUGGCACAGCGCAAUGGUGCGUUCGGUUUCAAAAGACGCGGCGGUCAGUGAUGUGGAUAAUUGGAAUGGUUGAGUGCCAAUCUCGGCUGUCGAGUACAUGACUGCUCUGGAGCCACUUUGCCGAACGAAGACAGCCAGCACCUGACCUUUCAGAUGAAGAUAUUUAAACAUUAUAUCAUUAAGCUAGACUAACGCCAGUGUUUGUCAGUAAACAAUGUUUUUUGGUAAAGUGCUAAAGCCGAAGCCAGGACAGCUAUGCGGCUAAUGUUUAUCUAAGUCAACCAGACACAAUGUUUUUGAAAUUGUUGUUUGAUUUUAUGAUGGAUGAAUAAAGUAUGAAUGUGCACCUGAAUGGAGGUGCACAGAACUGCAUAGUAUCCCUUGGUAAACAUGACAUCUUUCUGAGUGUUUCUCACUGCAAUUUUUGUGCUCUGCUGCUCCAAAAAAUGUUCCUAAUAUUGUUCCAAAUAGACAAUUUGGGGUUAGUAAUACACAAUGACAUAUUUUAUGGGUGGAGCCAAACUGGUGGCAGAAGAACGGUAUCCUGGCAGUUUGUCUAAUGCAGCGGUGGUAGCAAAAGAAAGUCUGUCGGCACCAAGACAAAUUGAAUUAUACUAAUAAGGAUCCGCUAGUGAGCGUUGUUCACUACAUUAUACUGAGGUAACUAUCUUGUCAGGUAACGGAUAACUUAGCUAAGGCUAAUGCUGCUUUGCAUUGCUGUCGGAUUUACGGUGUACACGAGUUUCCCACCAGGAAAAUCCACAGGAACAUCUUAUUAUUUUGGAUGAUCAAGCUGGGGAAAACGGGAUUCUAGCUAGGUGCAGUACGACUAGCUUUGACCCAAAAUCACUUGAAAGCAGGGUUAGUUUAGGCUUAGCUAAGUUUGCGCUUGUUCAUUCUGGGAAUGAUACGUAGGCCAUUUCUCAGGUAGCUGUGCAUAUAGCUACCCAGAUAGCCAGCCAGAUCAGCGCUGAUUCAGGCCAAAUUCCGCACUGUCGGGCCAGCUAAGAGAUUUGCAAGCUAUCUGGAUAUAUACCGUGGAGACAUAUUCCAGUUUAAUAAUUUUAUGCUUGCCUCAUAAACUGAAUGAUGUUGUAAACUUUCCAUUGGCGUUUUGGUUUGUUUACAUACUACUCCUGCCUACGUGCUAAGGUUGCCAGCUAAUAUCAGUCAAUGGUUUUCCCCAUUAUGAAUGCUAAUGCUAACUUUUGGAACUGUACCAUUAACUGUUAGCCUAUUUGAUAUUUUUUUGGAUUUUUUGUGUUGAGCACUGGAGAAACAUUACCUGAUAUGAAAUGGGCAUUACAGACACAGAAACUACAAAUUAUAGCCUACCAUCAGUGCAAUCUGUUCUCCCUCAGUGUACCAGUGUACUUGUUUUCUGCCACCAUAAUGCAUGCACUACUGUCAUGACAUAAAUAUGACAUAUGCUCCAAAAUGGUCUAUAUAUCAAAGCCUAAAAACUUUGAAAAUAGUGUUAAAAUAGGGACAGAAGUUACGUGACUACACCCCUACAUCCAGUCAGGUCCUUUGGAAUAUUAUGUGGGAAAAGUCUUUCCAGUCCA